GCAGCCGCGCGACACCCUCGCAACGCAUAUCGUGACGGGCGGUGUCGAGUCGACGCUCCGCCCAGCAGCCACGCCCGAGUCGGAACGGGCACUCGCGCUCGUCCGCUCUGCUCCGCUCUGGGGUCAUUUUUUGGGUUUCGGAAACAUGCGGGCGCACCUAGCGGGGCACUCCCCGAAGCCGUUGCCCGAGGUCCUGUCGAACCUGCAGCCCACACCGUACCAGCAUCGCGAUGGGCUCGCUGGUCGACAAGGGUCCCCGCGGCCAUGGAGCUCGAGGGGGGCAACGGCAAAGGAGGCCGACCGAAACGAGGCGCCACCGCUGCCGGUGCAGCAACACGAGGGCUAGCAGCACGAUGACCGCAGCGCAACUCCGAACGCACGGUCUCCGAGAAGCGAGCCGAGCUGGAGAAGACGGAUGUCGAAACGCUGCGCACGGUGGCACUACUCCUGACUAGAAUGGUCCUCGACCUCUCUCCUCGCCAGCGCCAGUUGGAGGCGGUCAGCAUGGUCAUGGCGUCCAUGGGCGCGAGCAACAGACCGAUGGUCAAAGCAAGGUGAGCGAAUUCAAGGAAUGAAUCGGAAAAAGGCAACGGAGAUGCAGCAGCGCAACGAGGACGAGGACUUCGUGACCAAGCUGAACACCAUCUCGUGCGCCGCGCUCGUGGGCAUUAUCGGAAACGCCGAAGCAGAAUGGGUGUCCGCUGGACAGAGGAACGCGUACCUGGACAACGGCCUUCUCCAGAUACGGCGGACCCCUGUGGCACUGUCGUUUGUUGGCUCCUCGGCGGGCAGUUGCCCCUCGUGGUCGGCCGCCGACAACAGUGCACAUUGGAGCAGGGACGGGCCACGGGAGCGCAGGACGCUCCUGGAAAAUGGGCCCCCUCGUCGAUUCCACCGGUCGGUCCCUUCUAGGGCUCCCAACUUCGCGCUUCGCGCUGCGCGAAGCGCGAAGCGCGAAUAACUUCGCGCUCUCGCGCCGCCCUCCCAAAGGGAGAAAAGGAGGACGAGGAGGAGGGGGAGAAGGAACGAGGACCGCGAAGCGCGAAGCGCGAAUAACUUCGCACCCUCGUGGGAGCCCUUGUCCCUUGGCAGGCGACCGCCUUUAAAUGCUUGGCCGUCGAGGCCGUGCGCCCCGGCGCAGCGGCGCACACUGGGCAGUCCUGGGGAUGACGGUGCCUCGGUCGAGCGACGCCCUCCGUCGACAACGACGGGCACCGGCGCACGAGAGCCGCCAGCACGAGCUGGGUGAUUAAGCGCCGUCGCGCCGUUCCCCUGGAGCCUGACCCC